UGAGUUUUAUUUUGAAGGAUUCGGCCGGCGGAAGUCGUUUUAUUGUCUCGUAUUGUAGUACACUGUAAUACCGGCGUUAUAUAGGUGUUAGUGCUUUCAUAACAGAAUUGAUUCGGAUAAGGAAAUUGAACAGUGUGUAACACAGGUUUGUCUUGUCGCUCCCGCGGCGGAUACAAGAAUCCAGCUUUUCAGCUCUUUGGAAGAGAAACUCAGCAAUGGACCUCUGUCCUCAACAACCGCCGCUGUUUACAUUCGGUGUGAUCGCUGACGUUCAGUACGCAGACAUUGACGAUGGAUUCAACUUCAAACGAACAAGGAUGCGAUACUACCGGAGCAGCCUGCAGCUGCUGAAAAACGCCCUUAAGAGUUGGUCCGAAUCGGCUGUUAAGCCCGAUUUCAUCCUCCAGCUCGGUGACCUAAUCGACGGCUUCAACAAGCUCCACGGCGCCUCGCAGCGAGCGCUGGACACAGUGCUGCGGGAGUUCGGCUCCUGCCCUGCCAAGGUACACCACGUGUGGGGCAACCAUGAGUUUUAUAACUUCAGCAGGAGCGAGCUGAUGAGGUCACCGCUGGACAGCAGCCUCUACGCGGACAGGAGACCGAGAGGAGUCCCGGGCGAGGAUGACAUCUACGCCUACCAGUUUAGCCCUUUUCCUGGGUUUACAUUCGUUGUUUUGGAUGCCUAUGACGUGAGCCUGCUGGGCAGACAGCAGUCUAACAGACAGUAUAACAACGCGAUGAAUCUGAUUAGGCUGUAUAACAAGAACGAGGAUCUCAACUGUCCACCAGGGCUGCAGUGCCACAGUCGGUUCACGAUGUUCAACGGUGGGUUCAGUCAGGAACAGCUUGACUGGCUGGACUCUGUGCUGUCUGUGGCGGAUGAGAAACAGGAAAGAGUCACUAUUGCCAGUCACCUUCCAGUCCACCCCAACUGCACAGAUUCUGUUUGUCUUGCAUGGAACCACGAUGACCUUCUGGCCAUGAUUCGCUCCCACAGCAGCGUGGUGUGUUACAUGGCUGGCCACGCCCACAACGGCGGCUACUGCCUGGAUAAGGACACAGGCGUGCACCACCUAACAGUGGAUGGUGUGAUCGAGACCCAUCCUGACAGCGAUGCCUACGGGACAGUCUCCGUCUACCCAGACAGGAUGGUGCUAAGAGGGAACGGCAAGAUCAUGGAUCGGGUGUUUCUUUUUUCCUGAUAACGGCAUGAUCAGUCUAUGGGGCAGGGUCACAUGCUGAGAUAAACGGCUUCAAAAUGUUGUGCACAUUUUCUGACAGAAAUACACAAUCCCAAAGUUUCUUGCACUUCUACAUUUGUAUUAUCCAAAUGUAUGAAUAAAAAACAAUAACUACAA